GCCGUGCUGACCAUGAGCGCCAACUCCUCCCUGGGCAACCUGACGCAGCAGCAGCAGCUGGGCGCGGCGGGCGGCGCGGCCGGCGUGGCCGAGUUCGUGGUCAUCGUCCUCAUCACCGUGCUGGUGUGCCUGGGCAACCUGGUGGUGGCCGUGACCCUCUACAAGAGGUCCUACCUGCUGACGCUCAGCAACAAGUUCGUCUUCAGCCUGACGCUGUCCAACUUCCUGCUGGCCGUGCUGGUGCUGCCCUUCGUGGUGACCAGCGCCCUGCGCCGCGCCUGGAUCUUCGGCGUGGUCUGGUGCAACUUCUCGGCGCUCCUCUACCUGCUCAUCAGCUCGGCCAGCAUGCUCACCCUGGGGGUCAUCGCUGUUGACCGCUACUACGCCGUGCUCUACCCCAUGGUGUACCCCAUGAAGGUGACGGGGAACCGGGCCGUGAUGGUGGUGGUGUACAUCUGGCUGCACUCGCUGGUGGGCUGCCUGCCGCCGCUGUUCGGCUGGUCGGCGGUGGAGUUCGACGAGUUCAAGUGGAUGUGCGUGGCGGCCUGGCACCGCGAGCCGGGCUACACGGCCUUCUGGCAGGUGUGGUGUGCCCUGCUGCCCUUCUCGGCCAUGCUGGUGUGCUACGGGGUCAUCUUCCGCGUGGCCCGCCUCAAGGCGCGCAAGGUGCACUGCGGGGCCGUGGUGGCGGCCGGCGAGGACCCGGCGGGCAGCGCUGGCCGCAAGAACUCCAGCACGUCCACGUCGUCGUCGUCGGGCGGCGGGGCCGGUGGCCGGCGCCACCCGCUGCAGGCCGUGGCCUACUCGGCCAACCAGUGCAAAGCGCUGGUCACCAUCCUGGUGGUCAUCGGCGCCUUCACGGGCACCUGGGGCCCCUACAUGCUGGUGAUCACGUCCGAGGCGCUGUGGGGCAAGAACUCCGUGGCGCCGGCGCUCGAGACCUGGGCCACGUGGCUGUCCUUCUCCAGUGCCGUGUGCCACCCACUUAUCUAUGGGCUUUGGAACAAGACGGUCCGCAAGGAGCUGCUAGGACUGUGCUUUGGGGAUCGCUACUACCGGGAGCCCUUCGUGCCGCGGCCACGCACCGCGCGCCUCUUCAGCGUGUCCACGCGCAUCACAGAUUUGGGCCUGUCCCCGCACCUCACGGCGCUCAUGGCAGGCGGUCAGCCCCUGGGGAACAGCAGCAGCACGGGAGACACCGGUUUCAGCUGCUCCCAGGACUCAGGGACCGAUGUGAUGCUGCUGGAGGACUACCCGACCGAGGACGCGCCUUCCCACUGCACGUGCCCCCCCAGGAGGAGGAGCUCCGUGACCUUCGAGGAUGAAGUGGAACAGGUCAAAGACGCUUCCAGAAACGCCAUCCUCCACGUCAAGGCCGACGUGCACAAGUCCCUGGACAGCUACGCCGCCAGCCUGGCCCGAGCCAUCGAGGCUGAAGCCAAGAUGAACCUGUUCGGGGAGGAGGCCCUGCCCGGGGUGCUGGUAGCCGUGCGGCCCAGCCCAGUGCCCGGCUUCGGGGGCCGCCGUGGGAGUAGGACACCUGGCCCGCGGCCGCAGCUGCAGAGCAUCGAGGAGGGGACGUGCUGACCGCACAGGCCG